CUCUCGCUCACGCUCAUAAUACUUGGUACUACAAAUAUCAACCAAAGACAAGACAAACAAUGGGAUAUCCCCAUUCUCCUCAACAGUCGACUUUUAACCCAAAACCCAUCACUAAAAGAGAAUUCGAUGACAACGAAGAUGCAAGUGCAGUUACAUAUAGUGAAUGGCUGACAAAGCAUCCAUCUGCGUUACACACUUUUGAACAAAUUGUAAAGAUAGCAAAGGGGAAACAAAUAGUUGUAUUUUUGGAUUACGAUGGAACUCUCUCGCCAAUUGUCAAUGAUCCUGAGAAAGCUUUCAUGACUGACGAGAUGCGCUCAGCAGUACAUGAAGUUGCUGAAUGUUUCCCUACUGCAAUUGUCACUGGAAGGUCUAGGGAUAAGGCAGUUGAAUUUGUAAAACUAAAGGAUCUCUGCUAUGCUGGAAGUCAUGGGAUGCAUAUAUCAAUCCCAUCGGGAUCCUUAAAAUAUAAAGAGUCCGAGGAUCAAACUCAUAUUGCUGAUGAACAGGGUUUUAUCAACUUCUACGCUGCAAAGAAAUUCUUAAAUAAGCUAGAGAAGAUAAAGGAGAAACUACAGGAAAAGACCAAAGACAUAAAAGGUGCCAUGGUUGAGGACAAUAAGUUCUGCAUCUCUGUACACUUCCGAUGUGUAGAUGAGGAGAAUGUUGAGAAUGUUAAGAAGAUAGUAGACUCUGUCAUCAAAUCUUAUCCAAGCUUUCGCACGGGAGGGGGUAAAAAGGUUAUGGAAGUACGCCCGAAUAUUGAGUGGAACAAAGGUCAUGCUUUGGGCUAUUUACUAAAAACUUUUGCGUUUGAUACCCAAAAUGACCAUGUCCUCCCAUUAUAUAUAGGAGAUGAUGCAUCGGAUGAGGACGCCUUUAAGUUUAUAAAGAAAGUUGGAAGAGGGUUUCCCAUCGUCGUCUCUUCCACACCAAAAAGAACGGACGCUUCAUUCUCUUUACGUGAUACAACGGAGGUGAUGAAUUUCUUGACAAACCUUACGGGGUGGACAAGAAGCUCUUCUUCCGACUAAUCUGCUUCUGCAUGCACUGUUUAUGAUCUCCAUAUCCAUUAUAUAUAUAUAUAUAGUCAAUUGUACAACGCCAUUUAGGCUAGGGGGGAAAAAAAAGUUUUUUCUUUUUGGCUUUAUAAUGUAUAGGUUGUCUGUGUUUGUAUCAAAAUAUAU